UCAUCUCAUCUCGUCUCUUUGUCUAUCUGUCAAUCUGUCAUCAUCCUACUCAUAUCAUAUAUUCAUCCAUAAUCAUCAAUUUAAACGCGUGAUUUGCUCUAAAUUCCAUCAAAGUCAAACCACUCCACUUAAAAGUUAAAACUCCCUUCUUUAAUCAUCAUUCUCUUCACUCUUCAGUCUUCAACAAAGAAAAGAAAACACCCAACAUUUCCAACAAAUCUCCCGUCUUUUACUCGAAAUGGGAAAAGGCGGCGGUUGCGUACCCAGCAAGAAAAAACACCCCGCCGCCGUCGCUACCACCGCCGGGAACCGUCAAAUUCCUGCACCAAUCGACGGAAAUAAAUCUCCCGUAGCUUCCUCCUCCUCAGAACCAAUACCCACAUCCCAAAACGACGCCGUUACUGACCCAACACCCACCCGAAAAUUAAAGGUUUACAUAGUGUUUUACUCGAUGUACGGACACGUGGAGGGUUUAGCGAAGAGGAUGAAGAAGGGGGUGGACGCCGUUGACGGAAUUGAAGGGAUUUUGUAUAGGGUGCCGGAGACUUUGUCGCCGGAGGUUUUGGAUCAUAUGAAGGCGCCACCCAAGGACGAUUCUAUCCCUGAGAUUCCGGCGGCGGAGGAACUUUCCGGCGCCGAUGGGUUUUUGUUUGGGUUUCCGACAAGGUAUGGGUGUAUGGCGGCUCAGAUGAAGGCGUUUUUUGAUUCUACUGGGCAGUUGUGGAAGGAGCAGACACUCGCCGGAAAACCUGCCGGAUUUUUCGUUAGUACCGGUACUCAAGGCGGUGGCCAGGAGACGACUGCUUGGUCUGCAAUCACUCAAUUAGCUCACCAUGGGAUGCUCUUUGUUCCUGUUGGAUACACCUUUGGUGCUGGAAUGUUCAAGAUGGACACCAUCCGAGGAGGUUCUCCUUAUGGUGCUGGAGUUUUUGCAGGUGAUGGCACUCGAGAAGCUAGUGACACUGAGCUAGCACUCGCAGAGCACCAGGGCAAGUAUAUGGCUGCAGUUGUUAAGAGGCUUGCCCAGCCUUGAACUUCAUUCAUCAUUCAGGUUUUCACUGUCUGAUAGAUCCAAAUGGUGAAUGCUCCCCUCUGGAAGUAAAAGUGUAUAUGUCCAGCAAUUAUUUGAUAUUUUCAUGUCCAGAUACAGCCUUUCGUUUUUCAACACUGCAAAGAUAUAGGCCUUAUUCUUCUUUUUGUUUUCUUAUUUCUUGCUUCUGCGUCAUUUACCUGGUGUUUCGCUGUAUUGAUGGAUUUAAUUGGUGUACAUGUUUUGAACUCAGUGCUCGAUUAUUUUGUUUUAACGAUGACAUAAUAAAUAAUGUCUUAAAGAGUUUGUAAAAA